AUGCUGAAGUUGCACAAAAUAAACCGAACUAAUAAUGCUUAUCGAUUGCUAAAUAAGGAGAAAAACAAAAUAAGCGUUUCAAUAAACGAUUACACUGAAAUAAUACCAAGUAAUAACAGUAAAUUUUGCAAAAAUAAAUAUAAAAAUAUUGGAAAUUUACACAAUAUUAUCCAUAGUAGUGUGUUAAAAAGUUAUAAAAAUGCUUAUUUUUAUAAAAAUAUGUUAAAGGUUGCAGAAAAUAAACAAAAUGAACUUAAUCUACAUCAAAUAAACACAAUUUUAAAAUCAUUAAUAAAGGCCCAAAUAUACAAAUAUUCAUUAUUUCAUUCUUUUCAAAUUCCUAUUUUAAGAUAUAUAAAUUCAAUAACUUGUUUAAUCCAUAAAAUAGAGAAUACUAAUAUACACACAAAAAAGGAAAGUUGGAAAGAAAAAAUAAAUCAAGAUCUUAAUAAUAAUGUGCAAUUUACAAAUAAUUUAUGUAAAAAAUUACAUUUAAAUUUAAGCAAAUACAAAAUUGAUAAGCCAAACGUAGAUAUAAAUUUAUACAUAAUAUCUGAUCAAAUUAAUAUUCUAAUUGACAUUUUUAAUGCUUAUAUGCAUGUUUUAAAUUUCCGUUUUAAUUAUUUAUGUAAUACCUUAUUUUUUUUUAUAACAAAAAAUUAUAUAUAUAUAAAUGAAAAAGACAAAAUAGCGAAUAUUUGGAGUAUGUAUAUACUGAUAUUUAUGUCGAGGAAUAAUAUUAUACAGACAAAUAAAGAUAACGCAAAAAUUGAAAAUAAUAAAGAUGUUUAUAAUAGUGUUAACAAAAUUAAUUCUCAUAAAAUAGGAAAUUCAAACCAGAUCAUUUCAUAUACCAAAAAUUGUUCAAAUAUGAGCAGAACAAUAUCAUUAACAAAAAAAGCAAAUAAGAUAAUUCUAUAUAGAUAUAAACAUAUUUGCAAUAUUAAUAUUAAAACAGUUUACAAUUAUAAUAUUAUUGUAUAUAAAAAUAACAGGAAAAAUAAAGUUCCAUAUUAUAACAAAAUUUUUUGUAGAAAUAAUAUUAUUAGUCUAUGCAAAUAUAUCAUUUUAAUUUUUUUAAAAAAUCAAAAUAUAGAUUUAAGCAAAAAAAAAAAAAUAUGUGUGCAUAUGGAAAAUAUAAAUAAUUUUAUAUCUAAUGGAUAUAUGUAUAAGUUAAUAAACUCAAAAACACCAAGAUAUUCACAAAUCAAAUAUUUAAUAAAAUAUAAUUAUAUAGAAAAUCCUAUACUUUUAACGGGAAAAUAUUUUCCCAUUCAACUUUUAAGGGAUAACAAUUUUCUUUUAAAUUUAUUAAAUCGGAUGAUUGAAUUGAGAAUUAACUCGAAUAUUUGUCGAAAAUAUAUUAAGAAAAUAUGCGAAACCCUGAAAAAAUAA